GAAGUGGGUACUAGUGAUCGGUGGUGAUUGACAGCCGAUAGGUGAGAGAUUGGGUCGAAGUGGAACCAGGCAUUUCUAGAGAGAGCGAGAAAGACUUAUAGCACCGAGCAAGCAAAGCAUACGAGCAGACAUCCCUCUGCUGGCGGCAAAGGAAGUAACAGUAGAGAACACGGAAAGAGAGAAAAAAAAGGGAGGAAGAAGAAGACAGAUGGGUCGCGGGAAGGUGGUGAUGAGGCGGAUCGAGGACAAGAUAAGCCGGCAGGUGACGUUCACCAAGCGUAGGAACGGGCUGCUCAAGAAAGCCUACGAGCUCUCGCUGCUCUGCGACGCCGAGGUUGGCCUCAUCAUCUUCUCCGGCCGCGGCCGCCUUUUCGAGUUCUCAAGUUCCUCAUGCAUGUACAGAACGCUUGAGAGAUACCGCACCUGCAGCUACAACUCACCGGAAGAAACCCCUCCAGAAGAAAACGAAAUAAAUUACCAUCAAUAUCUGAAGCUGAAGACCAAACUUGAAUAUCUUGAAAGUUCACAAAGAAAUAUUCUGGGUGGGGAUCUGGGCCCACUUGGCAUGAAGGAAAUUGAGCAAAUUGAGAACCAAAUAUAUAUAUCCCUCAAGAAUAUCAGGACAAGAAAGCAUAAAGUAUUACUUGAUGAGCUAUUUGACCUGAAAAGUAAGGAGCAAGAAUUGCAGGAUCAAAACAAAGACCUAAGGAAGAAGUUGCAAGACAUGAGCUGUGCCAAGAAUGCUCUCCAUAGGGCCUGGCAAGAUGGAGGACAGAGUAGCUCAAAUGGGAAUGCCAUUGAUACUACUUAUCCAGGAUUUGCACAACACCCGGAAACGGAACAUGAUUCCAUGCAACUUGGGUACAAUAAUCAGGCCUACAUGGACCAGCCGAACAACAACGAAGGCAUGACUUCUCAGCGCCUUGAUGGACUUGGAUCAUCUGCAGGUUGGAUAUGAUUGUUUAGGGCGACGAGACAGAUAGGGUUCGCGUAUUGUACGUCCAAUCUGGAGUCCAGAAACUCUGCAUAUGACGGAUGUAGUCACUGGUCUUUAUAUUCAGACCGCUGCUCAUGGGACUUUUCCGAAGAAUAAACUGGAGUCGAGUACAUAUAUGUACUGUAAUGGCUUGUUCAUCCACGGACAUGGGAGUCGGGACAUCACGUGGCCUGGCGUUGCAUCCCGUACGUAGCUAAUAUGUUUGGAUUUGCGUGUCACUUGUUAUAUUUUGUGUCGUGUGGUCAUUACGAAUACAUUCCAUAUGUAUGGACUAGCAAAAGGGCCCGAGCAUUGUAACGGAAGAAAAAAAAUA